UUACUAGAACUCUGCCUUUGGACGGUGUGAUUUCUUCCCCCAUUCUUUUAGAUUUUAAGCAGAGACGGGACAGUUUUCGAGUAUGACAGAAUAAACCCCUAUACAAGUGGGAUGUGAGGUUAUAAAGAGAAGUCGACGCAGUACCCCUAGUAAGUAACCUCCAAAUAUCGAGAUGGCGCGCUGUCUAACCCCCCAUCUCUGGAGUUUCGGUACUCCGAAGCGCGCAGUAACAACGAAGGUGGCUUUCCCCAACUUGCUCCGGAUGUGAAACCUGCAUAUUCACCUAAUCCAAUCAAAUAUCUUAACGGCUCACCGAUGACUCGCUACGUACCAAGAUUUGUAGCUACCUACACUUGGUAGGACAAUACGUCGUGUAUUGUUACCCGUCGAAUAUCGCUAUCGGAAGAAGCCGAGUCCCCCCCCAUGAUGUCCCAACGCUUUUAUCUUCAAUGAUCGUGUGCCUGUUCUACGCAGAGACAUUUUAAUAUAUUUUGCGUUGAAGAUCAAAACAGCCCUACAAUGUCGUCGAGUAAAAGCAAUCGCAUCCAAAUCGCCAUCAUUGGGGGAGGCAUCACGGGUGUCAUACUCGCCCUCGGCUUACAGAAACGCGGCGUCGAUUUUACCCUAUACGAACGUGCCCCGGCCUUUACCGAGCUCGGGGCUGGCAUCGGUUUCAGUCCCAAUGCGGAACGCGCGUUGAAGAUCGUUGAUCCUGAGGUUUACCGAGUGUACAAAGAAGUCACGCCACCGACUAACGGAGUAGAAUAUUUCCAAUUUGUUGACGGUUACGAAACCAACGAACUCGUCGCAAAGCUGCUGAUAGGCGCCGAUGCUUUUCAAGGGGGACGACGUUCGGAUUUCUUGGAGGCAUGGUCGAAAUUGAUACCGAAGGAUAGGGUUAGGUUUGGCAAAGAAUUGGUAUCGACUACUGAUAGAGAGGAUGGAAGGGUAUUGCUUCAGUUCAAGGACGGAUCCACGGGGGAAGCUGACGUUGUUAUUGGUUGCGACGGAAUUCAUUCACGAUGCCGCCGACUCAUUCUAGGAGAAGAAAACCCAGCCUGUUGCGCUUCCUACACGAAUAAGUAUUGCUUCCGGGCUCUAAUACCUAUGGAACGAGCCCGACCAGUGCUAGGAGAGGAGAGAACGUCAGGUGGAAGUAGGACAUUGAACAGGUAUAUGUUCAUUGGCCCCGAUGCACAUUGCAUCAUAUACCCUGUUGCGAAGGGACAGAUCAUGAAUGUGCUAUUGGUCAUAAGUGAUCCUAACCCCUGGCAUACUGAAGACGGCAAGCAAACGGCUCCCGGAGAAAGGGCAGAAGCUACUCAAACGUAUAAAGAAUGGCACCCCUUCGUGAAGAGUCUUAUAGAACUUCUACCCGAAAAGCUGCAAAAAUGGGCUAUUUUCGACAUGUUUAACAACCCAGCACCAUACUACUAUCGUGGUAAUAUGGCAAUUGCCGGGGAUGCGGCCCACGCGACAGGUCCUCAUCUAGGAUCGGGCGCCGGCUUUGGCAUAGAAGACGGCUUAGUCCUGGCGAGUUUGUUCCAAGCCGCCAACGCGAAACUCGAUGGCCAGGACCAAGAAUCUAGGGUGAAGCUAUGCCGCGCUGCUUUAGCUACUUACAAUAACGUACGAUACGAUCGCACUCAGUGGCUCGUAGGCGCUACGCGAGAAGCAUGCGCAUUGUUCCAUCGACAAAACAAGGCGGCCGCUCAUGAUCCUGAGAUUUUUCUGCAGGAUAUUAGCAAGCUAUUCCAUACUAUAUGGGAUAAUAAUAUUGAGGAGAUGGUCCAGGAAGCGAUCGGGGAGUUUGACGUGUUAGGCAGUGCAAGUCAGUGA